AUGCCCUCUCGUCGCAGCCAUACAAAGUCCCGGAGGGGUUGUUUUCAAUGUAAAAAGAGACAUGUCAAGUGCGAUGAAGAGCUCCCAAGAUGCAGCCUAUGCAAAAAGCGCGGCCUGGAGUGUGACUACCCCCCAACCGGGGAAGCAGACGGUCAAUUCCCUCUCACCCCACAGGACCCCAAUGACGCACCCCCCAGCCCCGAGGGGUGGUCCGCGCACACGCGGAUGCUGGAAAUGAAACUCCUACACCACUAUGUCAUCGACGCCUCGUUUACUCUACGGCCCGACGUGCUAGAAGCCGGGUACUUCCAGAUCGCCGUUCCGCGGAUCGCGACAUCGAAUCCGUUUCUGCUAGAUAUCAUCCUAGCAUUCUCGGCGCUGCAUCUGGCGUUCCUCGAGCAGGGCGAUAGCAAGUGGCUCGAGAUUGCGCUCAAGUACCAGAAUCGAGCAUGCUCGGCUUUCAGUAGAGAGCUGGCGGAUCUGUCGCCGGAGACGCUGGGCCCGGCGUUCAUCUGCUCGAUUUUUAUCAUGCUGUGUGCGUUUGCGUACCCUUGUGUGUCGCAGAACCGUGAGAGCUUUGAUCCGCUGUCGCAGGUGUUGGAGAUUCAUCGGUUGUUUGUUGGGUGUGCGUUUCUGUUUGAGCAGCUGGAUAAUGUUGAGCAACCGGAGGAGAUUAAAGCGUGGCUUGUUUACAAGCAGCCCGAGGUGUUUUUGAGGAAGGGGAGGAUAGAGGACGCGCAAGAGAACAAGUUUUUUGAGCAGUUGCAACGGGAUCUGCUCAAGUCACUCGACCACCUUCGAGGCGCAAUCAACACAGCCGAAGGCCCAUACCAGGAAAUGUACAAGAAUACCUGGGCGACACUGCAAGAGAUGGUCAAGGAGUGGCCACGGGGAAAGCAACAAGGCGGGAUCCUCGCUUUCCCAAUCCACAUCAGCGAGGAGUUCAUGGCGCGGCUGAAGGACGGAGACUGGACGGCGAGCAUUAUAUUUCUGCAUUACGGCGUUGGAAUGCAUCUGCUUUCGAAUAAAUGGUACGUUGGGAUCUGGGGCCGUCGCCUGGUUGCGACGGUGCUGCCCCCGGACGAGGAGAUCCCAGCGGAGUGGGAGGAGACGGUUGCGUGGGCGCGUCAGGCAGUGGCGUACACAGUGCCAUACGACGGAGAGAAGCGCAAAGAGAAGAGCGAGAUGGGGCUCCGGUGA